GCUUUAGCUAAUAGCGUGUUCUGUGUCUGCUGAGAGAGAGAGAGAGAGAGAGAGAGAGAGAGAGAGAUAAUAAUGCUCUGUGACUAAUUGGUCAUUGUGAUUCCCUUUUUGGAUAUUUGCAAUUUCCGGCGACGGGUGAAAGGAAAGAAAAACAGAAAACCCCCAAAACAUAGGGUUUCAAUUUUUGUUCGUUUCCUUGGAAUAGAUCCUUUGCAUUAACGUGCGUCUCUGAGAAGUAGAAGCAAGGCGCGCAGCAAGGCGCUGCGAGUUUUGACUUUUAAGCUUUGCUUUCUUCGGUUGUUUUUUCGUUCAGCAUUUUUCUCGCUUCUUUUUACACUGAGGCUAAUCGAUCCUCUUCGUUGACGAAAUUGUUCAUCUGUGUGCUGGUUAUGGGCAUGGCUUGGAUUUCUAAUGUCUUUCUUCUUUGGUAAUGGGAUGUGUCACGUUUGGGAGUACAGUGAGCGGGGAUGGACAUUGCUGCUCUUUUAACUUCGGCUGGCAUUAAUAUUGCUGUGUGUGUGGUGCUCUUUUCAUUUUAUUCUGUAUUAAGAAAACAACCCAGCAAUGUUAAUGUGUACUUUGGGCGGAGACUAGCCUCUCAGCAUUCAAGACGCAUUGAUCUCUGCUUGGAUAGAUUUGUUCCCUCCCCUAGCUGGAUAGUAAAAGCAUGGGAAACGACUGAGGAUGAGAUACUGGCUAUUGGUGGCUUGGAUGCCGUGGUUUUUGUGAGGAUGGUUGUGUUCAGGUUCUUCAACCCUUCUAAAAUUUGAGUAGUUUUAGCUGUGUGAUUGAACUAGAGUGAAUUGCUUUCAUAUCUGUUAAUUUUUUAAUCUGAACUCUACCAGAUGCCAGUCUUCAACUACUAAGUGAAGAUUUUUUAUUCCUAGUUAAGUAGAAGUGAAGAUGUUAUUAAACUCAUUUUGAUGAAUUUUGUUAUUCUACUCUCAAGAUGCACUUGGUGUCCCAUUGAAUACACAUGUCAGGAGUAUAUAUUUGAUAACAUUUCACAUGUGCCAUAAUAACAUCUCUGAUCAAUAUUCAUUAAAAUUCUAACUGUGUUGUUCAGCAAUUUAAUAUUGUAAAUGGUUUUUCUUUGUUGCAGAAACAGUUGUCAUGAAAGUCACUCUACUGACAUUCGAGUUUUUUCCAUUGCUGCUGUCAUCUGCACUGUUCUAGUGCUUCCUGUAAAUUACCAUGGUCAGGAGAGAAUGCAUAAGCAUAUACCUUUCGAGUCACUGGAAGUAUUUACCAUUGAGAAUGUCAAAGAAGGUUCAAAAUGGCUUUGGGCUCAUUGUCUCGCACUAUACAUCAUAACAUUCUCAGCUUGUACUCUUCUUUACUUUGAAUAUGAGAGCAUCACUAAAUUGAGGUUACUACAUAUUAUUGGAUCACCUCCAAAUCCAAGUCAUUUUACAAUUCUUGUUCGAUCAAUUCCCUGGUCUUCAGAAAAAUCAUACUGUGAAAUGGUGGAACAAUUCUUUUCAUAUUACCAUGCAUCAACAUAUUUGUCGCACCGACUGAUUUAUAAGUCUGGUACAGUUCAAAAAAUAAAGGAUGAUGCUGAACUUGUGUGCCAGGUACUUAGAGCUGGUUCAUUGGAAAAUACUUGCAAGCCUUGUUUUAUGCAAUGCUGCUACUCUGUACCACUCACAAAUUCUUUUAAGAAGAUUUCUGAUGAGAUGGACUGUAAGCAUGAGAGAACGGGCUAUACUGACGUGCAUUUGGAUUCAAGAAAAAAGGAAUGUGCUGCUGCUUUUGUGUUCUUUAAAAGCCGGUAUGCUGCUCUUCUGGCUGCACAGAUACUGCAAACAUCAAAUCCUAUGUUAUGGGUGACAGAUGUAGCCCCGGAGCCACACGAUGUUUAUUGGUCCAAUAUUUGCAUACCAUAUAGGCAACUUUGGAUCCGUAAGAUAACUACACUUGUGGCUUCUGUUGCCUUCAUGCUUGUUUUUCUUAUCCCUGUCACAUUUGUACAAGGCUUGACUCAACUGGAAAAACUUCAGAAAACGUUCCCUUUUCUGACGGGGAUGCUUAAAAAGAAAUUUGUGAAUCAGGUGGUGACUGGUUACCUACCAAGUGUGAUAUUGGUUUUAUUUUUGUGCGCAGUUCCACCCAUGAUGAUGCUAUUUUCAGCAGUGGAGGGUUCUAUUUCCCGUAGUGGAAGGAAGAAGAGUGCAUGUUGUAAAGUCUUGUACUUCACAAUCUGGAACGUGUUUUUUGUUAAUGUAUUUACUGGUUCCGUUAUCAGUCAACUCUCUGUCUUUUCUAGCGUAACAGAUUUGCCUGCCCAACUUGCCAAGGCAGUCCCAGCGCAGGCUACCUUCUUCACAACUUACGUUUUAUCAUCCGGUUGGGCAAGUUUGGCAUGUGAAGUUAUACAAAUUUUUCCUCUUCUAUGCAACGUUUUCCGGAGAUUCCUACUUUGGUUUAAGGAUGAUGAACUGGAGGGCAGCCUAUCUUUUCCGUACCAUACAGAGGUUCCAAGAAUUUUACUGUUUGGAUUCCUUGGGUUCACCUGUUCUAUUCUGGCACCCCUAAUGUUGCCCUUCUUGUUGAUCUACUUUUGCCUUGCUUACCUUGUUUACCGAAACCAGAUUAUCAACGUAUACGUUACAAAAUACGAUGGCGGGGGACAGUACUGGCCCAUUGCCCACAACACGACAGUCUUUUCAUUGCUACUUGCUCAACUUAUCGCGCUAGGAGUGUUUGGACUUAAACGCUCAUCAGUUGCAUCUGGAUUCACCAUUCCAUUGCUGAUUUGUACCCUCUUAUUUCACCAGUAUUGUAGACAACGAUUUCUCCCAGUAUUUAAGAGCAAUUCAGCACAGACUCUCAUUGACAUGGAUCGGAAAGAUGAGCACUGUGGAAGGAUGAAAGAGAUUUAUGAACAAUUGCGUUCAUGUUACAACCAGUUCAGUUUGAUGCCACAUACCUUAACACAAGCCGAAUGCUCCAAUGAGUCCAAUCAUCACGAUGACAAGGGGAGUUCUCAAUCUUCACAAGAUAUGGAGAAAGGCAAGGAAAUUAUUCAAAAAGAUAGAUCAUGGCCCGCUCCACGCACAAUGAGUAUAGGUUCGGAUAAAGCGGUAGUUGGUGUGUUAUGAAAUGAGUAAUCGAGAUUGCACUGUGCAAGAAUCAUCCCCAAGGGCCCAAAAGGUGCCGGUGCAUGAACAAUUAAUCAAUCAUAGAUGUAGACUUAGACCAAAAAAUAAAAUAAAAUUAUAGAUGCAAUUGAAAUUAUGAAAGUCAUUGUUCAUUAAAUAAUUUUAAUUGUAAAUCUUU